UCCGCCUUCCAGCCGGCCGGGGCCGGGCCGGGCUCGCGGGACCUGCAGCGCUUCUCGGCCCGCGCGGAGGCGGCGGAGGAGCUGGCGCGGCCGCUGUACGAAAAGCCGCCUCCGGAGUCGCGGGCGCCCGGGGAGUGGGGCAAGGCGGCGCGCCUGCAGCUGAGCACGGGGGAGAAGAAGCGGGAGGAGGAGCUGGUGGAGAAGUACGCCAUCAACAUCCACACCAGCGACAGGAUCUCCCUGCACCGCCACAUCCAGGACCGGCGCAUGGCGGAGUGCAGGUCCCAAACCUUUGCCUACCGGAGCCUCCCCACCACCUCUGUGGUCAUUGCUUUCUACAACGAGGCCUGGUCCACCCUGCUCCGCACCGUGCACAGCGUGCUGGAGACCUCCCCUGCCGUGCUGCUCAAGGAGAUCAUCCUGGUGGAUGACCUGAGCGACAAAGUGUACCUGAAGGCCGACCUGGAGAAGUACAUCAGCACCCUGCAGAGGGUGCGCCUGAUCCGCACCAACAAGCGGGAAGGACUGGUUCGUGCCCGCCUAAUCGGCGCCACCUUCGCAACCGGCGACGUCCUCACAUUCCUUGACUGUCACUGCGAGUGCGUCUCCGGCUGGCUGGAGCCGCUGUUGCAGAGGAUCGCCGAGAAUGAGACUGUGGUCAUUUGUCCCGUCAUCGAUACCAUCGACUGGAACACGUUCGAGUUCUACAUGCAAACGGGGGAGCCGAUGAUUGGGGGCUUCGACUGGCGGCUGACGUUUCAGUGGCACUCAGUGCCCGAGCACGAACGGCAGAGGCGGAAAUCAAAAAUCGACCCGAUUAGAUCGCCGACCAUGGCUGGUGGGUUGUUUGCGGUCAGUAAGAAGUAUUUUGAGUACCUUGGUACCUAUGACAUGGGAAUGGAUGUCUGGGGUGGGGAAAACUUGGAGCUGUCAUUCCGGGUGUGGCAGUGUGGAGGCAUGUUGGAGAUCCACCCCUGUUCCCAUGUAGGCCACGUGUUUCCAAAGCGUGCUCCAUAUGCCAGACCAAAUUUCCUUCAAAACACGGCACGUGCUGCUGAGGUAUGGAUGGAUGAGUACAAGGAGCAUUUUUAUAACAGAAACCCUCCCGCCAAGAAAGAGAGCUAUGGAGAUCUUUCUGAAAGAAAGCUACUAAGAAAACGUCUGAAAUGUAAGAGCUUUGACUGGUAUUUGAAAAACAUAUUUUCUAACUUACACGUGCCAGAGGAUCGUCCUGGCUGGCAUGGGGCCAUCCACAGCAUGGGUAUAUCUUCUGAAUGUCUAGAUUACAAUUCACCCGAGCAUAAUCCUACUGGGGCUCACGUCUCUCUCUUUGGAUGUCACGGUCAAGGAGGUAACCAAUUCUUUGAAUAUACAUCAAACAAAGAAAUUAGGUUUAACUCUGUGACUGAACUGUGCGCUGAAGUCCCUGAUCAACAAGAUUUCGUUGGUAUGAAGAACUGCCCAAAGGAUGGAUCCCCUAUUCCAGAAAAUAUGAUAUGGUAUUUCAGAGAAGAUGGGACUGUUUAUCAUCCUCAUUCAGGAAAGUGCCUUAGUGCUUAUCGUACUUCUGAGGGUCGGCCUGAUGUACAGAUGAGAACUUGUAAUGCUUCAGAUAAAAAUCAAGUUUGGAAGUUUGAGAAAUAAAAUGAUCAUCACUGGCGCAAUCUCUGUACCUGGACAAUAACCUGCAAAGCAUCAGAGUAUGCUUGUAGAUGGCAAUAACUUAUCAUGCACUAAAUGAAUAUCUUCUGAAGAGUUUUCUUUAUAUGAGUUAAAGAUCUGCAUUUCCUUUAUCGAAGUGUACAAAAUAUGGGUGGCAAUUACCGGGACACAAACAUUCCUUUAGUUAUGGUUUAAGUUUUUAUUAUUUAUGUAGCAUUUUGAUUCGUUGUUUCUUCUAGUUCAUAUCUUUCAUUGGUGUGGGGACAGAGAUAAUAGUAUGUUUCAGACCGGGAGUGACCAGCGUGCAGUGCCAUUUGUGGCAUGUGUACCAGCAGCCUUCAUGUCUCACAUACAGCAGAUUAGGAAGAGGAGAAAGUAGCACAGCAGCAGAUAAAACAGAAAGCGGACUAGCAGAUCAGGUGAAGAAAACAAGGUGGAGAGCAGAACAGCAGACUGGGCAGAGGAAAGGGAUGGAAAUGCUACUUGGGGAACACGUGGGGCUAAUAUAUGACACAUCUUCCAGAAAGGUUGGCCUCCACUCUUUUAGACUGAGCAGUUCUUAUGUUUGAAUAUUAAAAUGCCUUUUACAUUUAAUUUUAAGGGUAAAAGUGUAAAUCUACAGAAAUAAAGGCUAGUGCUCUCACAGCCAUAUUGUCUGCUGUGUUGCAGAUGUAGUCUAAUGUAUAAGUUAACAGUGUAAAGGCUCCACAGUAGUAAGUGCCUGAGUUAAUGUUGUGCAAAGUGGAACCUUAACCCUUACAACAUGGGUCUAAUCCUCCAGGUGUUUACUUUUGCUUGGUGGGGGGGCAGGGGCAGGAAGGAAGGCUUCUUGCUACUGGGAAGGAGGAAACAUUAGGAUUUGCCCCAGAUGCUUUACUUUUGACAUAAACACCCUUUCAGUCUGGCUUAGUUAGAAAGUUUUCAGAAGGAUAGAUAGCAAAGCACCAUGAUGGACUUGGCAGUGAUCCACUACAGGUGAUGGAGCCAAGGAGAUCUUCCAGCAGGAAGAAGAGAUUGACCAGGUGGUGGGGGUACAAAGGAAGUGAUGGUUAGUCUUAAACUUAUUAAGAUAUAUUGAGAGCAUAGCAGUGGAGAGAAAAUGAUAUGCUUAAUUUGCCUGAGCGAGGUUGACAUACUGACUUCUGGCUCCAGGUUUAGAAUGCUUUAGGACUCCUAUGUGCUUCCUUAGUGCCCUAAGAAUGAGCUGCUACUGUGUUUGUUGACACUUUGUAUUAAGUUUAUCAUUAUGCUUAUGUAGUUUUCUGCAUUCUUCCUGUUUAAGGACUAGGCAAUAUUUUACAGACCAAUAUACUAGAUUGUGAAUGCAAGGGGUCCUGUGUUGGUUCUUUGAAAAAUAAUACUGAUGUGAUUAUAGAAAACAGGUGGGUGAUCAUUUAUACUUUAAAACUUUAAAAAGGUAUGGUGCCAGUUCCCAAGUGUGUUUGAGUCCUUAGCGUGAUUGUUUGAGGCAUUCCCCUAUGCAUUUGAUGCAUAUAAGAUUUUGUUGUUCUUCUGUAUUCAUCUUAUGAUGGAUGUUUGUUUAGCCAUCCCAAACUAAAUUUUGAUCUUUACUGAUAAGUUUUAUUUUUGAGCUAGAGAACAAUAAGAAAGGGGUGGGUUCUCUGAAGCCGGGGUUGGGUGGGAAGGAAAGAUGACCACUGGACUGGGAAGAGUGAGACAUCAAUGGAGUAGAGACUUAAUUAGAAAGAAAGAGGCAAAAAACCAAAAGUAUGAAAAGUUGGAGGGAGACAGCUGGCUAGCAAAUUAGACAGCAGUUUGUGGAGUUGGGUAGGAAAAGGGAACAAGAGAAGAUUCUGAGUCUGGGGCCUAAUGUUGAACCAUACUGAAAACUCCUUGCCACCUGGACAUUUAUAAGUUGAUUUAUUUCAAAACAGGUUAGUUUGGGAUUUGAUUUGUAUAAACAGAUUCUAAAUAAGGGAAUUGAAUAAGGAUUCAUUUAUAGAUCUAAGAGCUGUGCCUUAUUGACCCUACUCUGUGAGGCAGUGCUGCUUGAUUAAACUGGGGAAACAAGUUGUGUAUGUUCUGGCCCUUGUGAAAGCCUUACUGGCAGUUGCUAAACUUUUCAGUAUGUAUCAUUCCAAAUGGAAUCCUAUAGGCAUCUACCCUGUAUGCUGUGCAUACUUGCCUUUAUAGGGAGUAAUGCAAUACUGUGAAUACAGACUAUGCAAGUUUUAUUUAAUACCAGCAUUUUCUACUUAGCAAAUAUUAUUUUCCUUAUGGAUGAAUAUUUGCAUGCCAAAUUUUAAAGUUUUAAAAGUUAGUUGGUUAGCUUUUUGUGCAAAAAAUUAGAGUAGACAGACUUAAAAUAUGAACUUUUUUCAAUGCACUUAACUAAAAAUGGGCUCGGUUGGGUUUCUUAGUUUUCUGUUUAAAUCACUGUGGGCUAAGAGCAAGACUGGAACGUUUCUUCCUGAGAGAAGAAACAGUCUUUAAGAAAAUAAGUAUCUGAUAACUGCAAUAGGGACUUGGAAUGGCAAUCUCAACUUUAAUUGUAGCAAUGCUACAGCACUGUUUUAAUUAAUUUUAGAAAAUAAAAUUCCACUGGGCACAGGUUUCUGGAAAAUCUGGUACUCUAUUAAAAAAAAAAAAAAAAAAGGUAUAUAUUUUUUCAAUCUCUUAUAGUUCUAUGACAGUGUGGGGGGAAUUACUGUAUAUGGAUUUAUACUACUGAUUUUUAAAUUACUAUUUUAAAAUAAACUGUACAUUUUAACAUUGAAUAAAUAUAAUCUGUUUUCUGAAAAGUAGAAAUUAAAGACAACUGAACAUUUA